AUGUUACCACAUACAACAACAACAAUAAUAGAUAAUACUAAUACAACUUUAGUAAAUCUUCGAAGACAUUCAUCAACAAUGUCAAAUUCUACAAUUGGACAAUGUUAUUUUCUUCUUAUUCAUUUAUUUUUUUAUAUUAUUAUACUUAUUAUUGUUUAUAUUCGAUUUGAACAAUUUAAUAAUAAACAAGAUACAAUACUUGCUAUUAUAAAUUCAAAUUAUAAUCAAAAUUUUCAUCAUGAAUCUCAUAAUCAAUUAAUUAAUAAUAAAAAUAAUAAUGUUGAUUGUUCUUGUCAAACAUUUAUAUAUCCAAAACAAGAUCAAAUAACACAUUGUUUAGAAUUACAUGUUGGAUUAAAUCAAACAAUAUCAAAUAUUUUUUGUCCAAUAUUACAUCAUAAUCAUAAAACUAAUCAAUGGUUAUUAAUUCAAAAUCGACAAACAAAUUCUAUAAAUUUUAAUCGAUCAUGGAUUGAAUAUCGUCAAGGUUUUGGUAAUAUUAUAAAUCAAACUGAUUUUUGGAUUGGAAAUGAAAAUCUUUAUUGGUUAACAAAUAAUUAUCAAUGUCGUCUUCGUAUUGAAUUAACUGAUUGGUAUAAUGAAACUCGUAUAGCAAUAUAUGAAUCAUUUCGUAUCUUAAAUCAUAAAGAAGAUUAUCGUAUACAAAUGUCAGAAUAUAUUGGAAAUAUAGAACCAUAUAAUAAAAUUGAUAGUUUUUCUCGUUGGCAUUAUAAUGCUCCAUUUUCUACAUAUGAUCAUUAUGCUACAGAUAAUAUUAAUUGUUCAAACUUACAUGGUGGUGUUGGUUGGUGGUAUCAUUCAGGUAUUGAAUGUGCACAUGUACAACUUAAUGGUCGUUUACCAACACAUACUGAUGGUCUUGUACCAUUAAAUACAGGUAUUUUAUGGAUAGGUUGGAAAGCUGAUCGACAUUAUUCAUUUCAAUAUGUACGUAUGUUAAUUCAACCGAAAUUUAAACGUCAUCAUGUUCGUCAUCGAUGA